AUGCCUCGGGGUUUGACUAGGCAUAUUAUGCGAGAGAUCGGGCGAAGUGUUAGGGGACGGGAAUGUCCACGUACAGUUGCGGGUUGCACCAUUGAGAAGUUCACCCGCAUGCAUCCUUCGAAGUUUACUAAAGGAUCCGACCUGAUUGUAGCGGAGAACUGGGUGCAAAAGACAGAAAAGAUACUGAAAGUUCUGCAUUGCACCGACAAGCAGAAAGUUUUCUAUGCUACGUUUCAGUUGGCAAGAGAAGCUGAAAGAUGGUGGAUGACAGUGGGUCUACUUGAGGAGCAAAUAACUGAUUCAUCAAGGAUGACGUGGGGCCGUUUUAAGGAGGUAUUCUUCGAGACAUACUUCCCGACUUCCAUCCAUGACGUAAAGGCAAACGAGUUCUCGAGUCUGACUCAGGGGACCUUAACAAUGCAGAGUUACACAGCUAAAUACAUCGAGCUGUCUCACUUUGCACCGUGUAUGAUCUCAAACGAGUAUGAAAAGGCUCGAAGGUUCGAGAAGGGCUAG